UUCUCCCGCUCCUUCUCCAUUUGCGCCCCCAAAUCUUAAAUUAUCAAAUCCCUAGCUUCUCUUUGUCUCUCUCUACCAUCAGAUUCACAGCAUUUGCAAUGACGGAAGACUCGGAGCCGCGUCAACUCGAGAGUUCAACAGCCGUAAGAGAGCUUCUAGCUCUAGGUCUCUCCGAGUCAGACGGCAACGACGAGCUUCGGUAUUAUCGGCAAGCCUCUGAGCUCUGUAGUCUCUUACUCUCUAGUGGCAAACCAGAAUCCGUUAUAGAUCUUUCUUCAAAGUGUUCAUACUUCCAAGGUUCUCCUAAUCUCGUCAAAUUUCUCUGCUCGAUCCCUAAUUCUCCUAUUUCCCUUGCUGGAGAUGGCUUCACUGUGACUCUCUCGUGUGAGUUUCUCUCCGCUCCGGCUAGUUUCGCCUUUACUUUGGGUCUUCCGGAAAAUGUUCUGUUUGAACAAUUAAGGCGUUUUAUGGAUCCGAGAUCUCCGAGGCCAAAGCGAAAUAUUGUUGGGCAUAUGAGAGAAAAUGAGGAACAAGAAGAGCUACAGUUAAUGCCAUUGCUUAAAAGAAGGCGAAAGGAUGAAGAUGAUGUGAAUUACUCUGUAAUUGAUAGCAGAACUGUUGCUGGUGGAUCUAUGCUUGGGACUAUUAUAGCUUUAGAAUCCCAAGCUUCGUUGAAGUUAAAUGCACAUAACCGAGAAAUAAUGGCUUUUGAUCUUAACGCUCAGCCUGGUCCGCAGACUGAAAUUUUUGGUAGCGAGAUUGUUGCCAAUGCUUCAGUGGAUGUCAAUCCUACGCGUCCCUUGGAGCAAAGCAAGGACGAUUUGACAUAUCCUCAGGAGGGUGGAAAUUGCGAGCAACUUGAAACUGAAGAUUUUCAAAUUGCUUACAACGAAGUAUCAUUCCAAGACGGUGAUGAUAAAAACAGGAAAGAUCUCUUCCCUAAGGAGGAGAUACAAACUACCUGUGUGCAGAUUGUGGAGGACACUGAAGAUCGCACUGUGGAAAUCUGUAGCACCCCUCUCAGAGAUCUGCCGUUGAAGCCUUCUGCUACAGAAGCUAAUCAAGAUAAAUCUUUGGUACAGAAAACUGAGGAUCAAUGCAAAUCGCCGGGAAACAGCAAAACGCACAGCUCUUCCCCUGAGAAAAAACACACCAGAAAAAGUAAAGCUAUCCAGAAGUUGAAGCAGAAUGUUAACUCUGUUCAACCUAAAGAUCAGAAGGUAGACAUGUCUGUUUCCUCUAGAUCAAGACAUAACACAAUUCCAGAUUUUGAUUCUUACACUAUUGUAGAGGAAGAAGGCUCAGGUGGUUACGGUAUUGUUUAUAAGGCGAAGAGGAAAACUGAUGGAACAGAGUUUGCCAUUAAAUGCCCUCAUGCUGGCGCUCAGAAGCGCUAUGUAAAUAAUGAAAUCAGAAUGCUGGAGCGUUUUGGGGGGAAAAACUGUAUAAUAAAGCAUGAAGGCUGUCUCAAGAAUGGAGAUUCUGAUUGCAUCAUCCUUGAGCACCUUGAACAUGACAGAUCUGAUUCAUUGAAGAGAGAAAUAGACGUGUAUCAGCUACAGUGGUACGGCUACUGCAUGUUCAAAGCUUUGUCGAGUCUGCAUAAGCAGGGUGUUGUUCAUAGGGAUGUUAAGCCAGGAAACUUCCUCUUCUCUAGGAAGACCAACAAAGGCUACCUCAUUGAUUUUAACCUUGCCAUGGAUUUGCACCAGAAGUACAGGAUAUCAGAUAAAUCAAAAGAAGCUUCAGGUCUUCCAACUGCCAGCAAGAAACAUCAUACAUUGGUUAAAUCACUUGAUGCGACAAACCGAGGGACCAACAAAUCUUCUCAGAAAACUUUAGCGCCCAAUAGUCUCAAGAAAGCGGCGGGAAAGAUAAGAGCUCGGAAUAACAUAGGCAGAUGGGAGAUACUCAAUAGCCAAGGGGCAGAAGGGUCUGGCUUAACUUCAGCUAAAGAUGUGACCAGCACAAGGAACAACCCUUCAGGUGAAAAGAGGAGAGAGCCUUUGCCAUGUCAUGGAAGAAAAGCGCUUUUAGAUUUUCUGCAGGAGACAAUGUCGGUUCCAAUUCCAAACCAUGAAGUAUCAUCCAAAGCUCCUACGUCUAUGAGAAAACGGGUAGCUGCUCUUCCUAGGAAAGCUGAGAAGGAACUUCUUUAUCUGACCCCAAUGCCAUUGCGCUCUAACGGUCGGCAUGAAGCAGGGGCCGUAAUUCAGAAGAAAGACGGCCCUUGCUCAGGAACCAAAGGCUUCCGAGCUCCAGAGGUUUGCUUUAGAUCUUUGCACCAAGGACCUAAGAUAGACGUGUGGUCUGCGGGAGUUACUUUCUUAUACCUCAUAAUGGGAAGGACACCUUUCACAGGUGACCCUGAACAGAAUGUAAAGGACAUUGCACAACUACGAGGCAGUGAAGAAUUAUGGGAAGUAGCCAAGCUGCACAACCGUGAAUCCUCUUUCCCUGAGGAAUUGUACGAGUCAAGGUACUUGAAAGGGAUGGAUUUGAGAAAAUGGUGCGAACUCAACACAAAACGCAGAGAGUUUCUAGAAGCAAUUCCACAGUCGCUCCUUGACCUCGUUGAUAGAUGUUUGACAGUUAACCCGAGGCGACGAAUCAGCGCAGAGGAUGCUCUCAAGCACGAAUUCUUCCAACCAGUACAUGAAAGCCUUAGAAACCAAAGGCUCCUAAAACAGCAGCAAAUGCAAUUGCAGCCUUCAGUGGUUGCUGACGCAGUAGCCAGUAGGCCAAACUCUACAUUAACAUUACAAUUGUAGAAGUAAAUAACAAAAACGUUAUAUGAAAAUCCUCACUCCACAGUUAACUCCACAGACUACACCACACAACUCUAGAAAACUGAAAGAGUUAUUUUAGCAAAGUAGAUAGUUUUUGUAUGUUAGUGUUUUUAAAGUAUUAUUAUUUGAAUUAAAAUCCUCACAAUCAAAUAUACU